AUGGAUGACCCGGCGACUCGCAUCCCCGGGCAGCUGCUGCCCCAUAUGCAUCUCAUCUCGCGGAACCGCUACCCCAACAUGCAUAUGAUGCCGACGGAGACCGCCGUGGAGUACCUGACCAGCGCGCCCCGCGUCUGCCAAUCGCAACCAAUGCAUUGGACCUUCUUAGAUGGCCCAGCAGAUGGCACGUUGAUGCUCACAUGGCAACCGCUCGCUCAUCUGGGCAACAAUUUUGCCAGUGAUGGCUAUGUCUGGGCCGAUGUCGAGCAGGCCUUUACCUUUGAAUCGCGUGGCUAUACCGUGGAAAUGUUUCUUCACCGCAGCGGAUACCACCCUCCGAAUGAGAGCAUGGCAACCCACUCCCGCAAGCGCUAUCGCAUUGUCUCCUCCAAGAUCCCGAACGCUCCGCAACCAGACCCGUCAUUGUGGAUUGUCCACUAUUCGCGGGCUCCGCCACCAGACCAUGUUCCCGCAAACCGGAUUCCAGUCUCGCAGCAGGUACAAGGGAUGAUGGCCCAGCGACGCUUCCUCCAGAGCCAGGGCCAGCUCGCCCGCAAGGACUUUUUGCUCCAUGACCGAAACAACUGGCCAACAAUCAAUUUCCCACCACAGAUGGCCCCCCAGGGAUUCGUUCAGCCCCCCGGCGCAUACCAAAAUGCGGCGCCGGGCCGUCCGGGAUUCUUCCCGCCCCCGGGACAUCCGGCCGCGGUGGCCGCUGGGGUGCCCCCAGCCAAAGGGCCGCAGGGUCAUCGCGCCCCGUCAGUGGCCAUGGGAGCUGCCACGGCUGAUUUUGCUGUGGAGGAUGAGGAUGUGUCGAGCGGCGACAUGAUGGAUCACUGGACGCCCCGCGAUAUCAGCAAGAUGCGAUAUCAGCAGCACCACGAGUGGAUGGAGGAGAUCUUUGACUCUCCGUACGCUAUCACACAAAUUACACCAGUAUCGUUGGGCCUGGGCCGAAAGGGCGAGCUGGAGGCAUUGACCGCCGGCUUCUUCGAUGCGCCUGUGGGGACGUCAACGAGUGGGGAGGGUCAGGAGGCGGGUGACGCCCCGCAGGCCACCAAGAUGGAGCCAGCCAAAGCAGAAGAGUUUGCGGAUCGUGUGGCCAAGAAGGUGGCCAACAUGACGGCAGAGAUCGAGAAGUUGAAGCAACAACAUGCUCGCCGUAUGGAGCACUUCAACCGCAGUAAUCUUCUCAAGGAUUCGGAACUUCGUCUGCGGGACUCAGCCGCUGAACCCGCAGAGACGGGUGCAGAGGUUUGGCGACUGGAGGGCCGUAUCAUCAUUCCGACUGAGGAGGAAACCCCACAGCCGAGCUACGUGGAAGAAAAGGCUCACUACAAGGUGGAUGACGUGGUGCGAGAAGUGGAGACCGCCUGGAAGAAACAGAUCAUCACUGAGCCGAAGGUCUCGUGUGUCGAGAAGGGUGGACUACUGGAAAAUAUCGAGCCCGAACACAAAGACGAGCCCGACUCUUUCACGAAUGACAUGGCCCUGGACCAGGCCGACUCCCACCUACUCAAUCAGUUCGGUAGCCCGGCUCCGGAUGGCUCCGGUGGCGUUCCGAGCCUCUCUGCCCACGCACAACAAAUCCCUGGCACGGGCAUCCCCGGCGAUGUCGAUAUGGACCUGGGUGGCCAACUACCCGGCGGUGCCCCCGGCGAAGCGGCUGACUGGGUGAUGGUCAACGAGAACAAGGACCAAGCCGGCCUCGACAGUGCCGGCUUCGACUUUACCAAUAUCGACAGCGCUGGCGAUGCGCUGGCCGCGUACAGCGAGCAAAACGACGGGCUUGAUCUCCCGGACCUGGAGAACUCGGCGUUUGGGGAUGCUUUCCAUGCCUCGGAUAACGAGCACUCGCACCAUCCUGACGCGGAUGAAAUGUCCUAG